CCGUAGGAAAACUGGCCCCUGAACCAGUACUUUAAUAACACUGGAGGGGGUGGAUUUACCCCCUGAGGCACAGAGAGGCCAGUUUUGGUCUCUCGACCGCAGAUUUUUCCUUUUCAAACUUUUCAUUCAGUCAAAAAAGUAAUUUUGUUAGUAAUUAUUGUCACCAUUACCCAUUUCCACUCCAAACAGCUGAAGGGAAAAGUUAUUUUUGAGGGUAACCUUCGGCUAAAAGCUCCUCGAUCAUCUCGUUGGUCUCCUCGUUGUCUCACCUGAGAGCUAACGUGGCUAAAGUUAGCAGACGCCGACACAUUCAGUCAUGAGAAAUGAGCAAUGUGGAACAAAAAGAGAGCAAUAAAACCUGAAAAUAAAUAUUGGUGAUGUCCCGACCCGACUCUGCAGCAAGAGAAAAAUGAGAGAAUGGGAUUAAAGCUGGAUUAUCAGAGAAACACUGAAGCAGCUGCCUCUGUCUGAACAGAUCUGUAGAUUACGUUUGGUUGUUGGUGACCUCUUCGGCUGUUUGAAGACACAUGGAAAAGACAAACGACUUGGACCGCCCUCCUCUGAGGGAAAACACCAGCCGAGUUUCCCGGCCAGGGCUGGGAACCGGACCAGGCCAGGCCCAGGUGGGGCUGUUUAAGGGGGUCCUGGUUCGGUGCGAGGAGGACCGGGCCUACCCUCCGUUGGCGUGGAGGAGCUUCUGUGGACGUCCUCCUGAGCUUCAGCAGCAGCAGCUGUUGGACCCGGGCUCCUUCCCUCACACAAUGGAGUCCUUUUACCAAGGCGCCCCCAUCUGGGCCCAGACGGACUCCCUGCUGAGCAAAGACUACCUGGAGACCACCUUCGUGGACAUCAGGCCCGGCUCGACCCUGGAGAGGAAGCUGCUGGCCGAGACGCAGGACUUCUGCUACGCCAUGGACGAUGAGGACGACCUGCUUCCUGACUCUGACGACUCGUCCAUGGAGGACUUCAGCGACGUGGACAGUGAGAGCAGCUUUCCUCUGAUGACCCCCCAGGACCACCUGGGUCUGGCCUUCUUCUCCAUGCUCUGCUGCUUCUGGCCUCUGGGCAUCGCCGCCUUCUACCUGUCUCAGAAGACCAACAAGGCGUCGGCUCAGGGGGACGUUCAGGGGGCCAGCGUGGCCUCUCGCCAGGCCCUGUGGCUCUCUGUGCUCUCCAUCGUGUUCGGCAUCAUCACCUACGUUGGCGCCGUCGCAGCGCUCAUCUCCUACCUGUCUGCCAAACCGCCAUAAGAACAAAACAAGACCCAAACAUCAGCACGCCAUCUGUAACAUAAUCCUUCAUGCAGGCAGAGGAUGUUCUUCACGCUCAUUUCACACUGAAGCUUUACUCGAGCUGAGCUGCAGCGCUCACGUGUUCACCCCUGGACUGACGCUGUGCACCGAGGCACGAUCGGUCUACAGGCCGGAACCGAUCCCGAUGGACUUUUCUGAGUCCCCGGCCUCGACUUGACCUGCAGACAGGACUGCCUCCACGCGCUUCAAGUUGAUUCAGACUAAAGACGAGAUGCCAAAAUGUGAGACUUCAGAAAACAUCUGGAUCUAAAGCGCUGAAACCAGACAGACGCAGCAGAGCUGUCAGGAAACGUGCCAAAACAAAAACUGUUUCAUUUUUUAAACGAGCUAAAAGCUGACGACAUGCUGUCUGCACGGCAGGUUAACAAAACAAACUUAUUCCAUAGUUCCAUCCAUCGUCUUUACACGCUUCUUCCUUUUCG